CUUUUGUCAAGGUGACUGCCCCCUUUUAUCCCCGAGUCUAUCACGGUUAGGGGUGUGGGUAACAGUGUCCGACACAGUGCCUCCAUCUCCCGCACAGUCUUCCCCACACGCUUAAUUCGACGUCAUUGAAGUUCAUCUGAUGCUCGGCAAUUCUCACGUACCACACUUAUAAGUGUAGGCCAAAGUCAUCAUGUCUUCAGGAACCAAUCCAUCAGCCGCGAGAAUUGUUUCCGUGAAACCACUGGAAAACAAAGACGCCCGCUGGCUCAACCUAGUCCAAAUAGAAUACCUCACCCCCGACGGACAAACCCGCCAAUGGGAAGCCAUCCACCGCACCACCACCCCUAAAUCCAGCCCAGGCGGCGUCGACUCUGUCCACAUCAUCGCUGUCCGCUCUUGCUCAUCAGACCCAAGCAGGAAGGAGAUUCUCCUAGAGAAACAAUUCCGGCCACCAGCGGGCAAGGUCUGCAUCGAGUUCCCCGCCGGACUGGUCGAUCCCAACGAGAGCAUCGAGACGUGUGCGCUGAGAGAGCUGAGAGAGGAGACGGGGUAUGUCGGGGAGGUGAUGGGCAAGGUUGGGGGGAGUAUGGUGAUGUUUGGAUCACCCGCAUCUUCGGCCGCCAAAACAGUCUUCAUCCACGCCACCAUCGACACGUGCAAACCAGAAAACCAGACCCCCGUCGCCGAACUCGAAGACGGCGAGUUCAUCGAGCCAUUCUGGGUCCCGCUUGCCAAUCUACACUCCCAAAUCAGAAGGCUAGCCGAGGAAGGUUUCGCCAUUGACAGCAAAGUUGGGAUCUACGCGGAAGGCCUAGAGAUGGGACGCUUGCUCAACGGUGCCUAGACGCUCACUAAAAAGGACCAGAACUAUACCCUACUGAAUCCAUUUCAUUUUACUGCC